GAUGAAGUCCUUGCUCUGGAGGAUCGGCUUGUGGUCAGGCUGGAUGAUCUUGUCCCCCUUAUCCGUCACGAUGUCCAGUGGACCUAUGGCAGAUGUGCUGAUCAUGUGCUGGAUGGUUGUCAGAGAACCAAGAAAGCUCAUGAAGCCAACAGACACUGUCAGAUAGUUAAACAUGAAAACGGCAAAAAAAGAAACUUUGGUGUUGAUAUCUCAGAGAGAGGAAAUAUGGAUUCAGUCUGUGAUAGUGCCUGCAGUGGAGCAGCCAAUGUUCUAGUAUUAACUUACCCUAAGUAUUGCCGAUAUAGAGCCAUGCAGAAACGACUAGAAGGGGCUGAGAACCACUGGGCUCACCUGGCUGUGGUUGCUGCCAUCGGAGGGUUGUCUGGGAAUGGCUCUGGCUGUAGGAUCAUGUUCUGUCGGGAGACCUUCAGCCAAGUAGAGUACGAGGAGUUGAGCAUGAGAAUGGAUCACAUGUUGCCGGUCUUCAAGAACAACACAAGAGGCAAGAAGUGCAGACAUACAGGGCAGAAAGAUUCUCAGCAUGACUCUGACAGCAUGGAAGAGAACUAUUCCUUCACCAGCUGUCCACUGCCCACAUCAUCAAGGCCACGGAGGUCAGUGGAGUCAUUAGAUGUCAAUGAUGAGAAGGUGAGCACAGAGGAGCAGGCUUUUCUCAUUGGUCUUCACAAGUUCAUGCAUGAAGCACAGAUGCCCAUUGGUAGAAUCCCGUCUCUUGGCUUCAAACAGAUUGACUUGUAUUUUUUCUACAAACAAGCAGAGAGGCUUGGAGGCUAUGAUAUGAUCACAGAAAAGAGAAUGUGGAAGCGGCUGUAUGACCAACUGGGAGGUAACUCCAGCAAUACAAGUGCUGCAACCUGCACAAGGAAACACUAUGAGAGGUUAUUGCUGCCUUACGAACGACAUCUAAUCAAACAGAAGACUAAUAAAACAAAAAAGAAAGUGAAAAAAACAAUGAGCAUUGAAGCUGAUGUCAAACAAGAGGCUGUUGUUAAGCUUGAGGCUGGUGUAAGAAAUAAAGCUGUCAAACAGGAGCAUGGAAGUCCACACAUGGAAGAAGUAGCAGAGAAUGGGGAUGUUGUGAUAGCAAUACCUGAAGUGACAGUAUUCUCCAAGCCAGACUUGGAAGAAAAACAAGAGAGCUCUGAGAUAGCAGCCGUAGAAGAUGAAGCGAACUGUCAGGAUCACACUGAGACUGUUAAUGCUGGAGACAGCAGCAGCGGUCAGCACCUGACAGUUGCUGAGACAGAGCCUGUCCAACAGCAUCUUCCAACAUCUACAGCAGAUGUGACUGUGGUACCAACAGAGAAGCCUAAUCCACCAUAUACUAGUGAGAUGUGCAGCUUGCUGCCUGUUCAACCUUCUUGCGUGUUACAUACAGCUUGGCCGGUACUGACUCCAGAGGUGUUACCUGCAGCCAUCUCCAGCUCCUGGAAUCACUCUGGUGCAGAUGUAAUCUUGGCUGUUCCCAAAGAUAGUGUUAAAGCUUCUGUACAAGAGUCCAUGUUGUCUCUAGGCAAGAACCAAAAACCUUUGCCAGUUUCUCUUUCCAGCCUAGGCAGCUCUUGCAAGGCAUCAUCAUCACCAGCAGUUGUAGGUCAGACUUACCAACCAUCUUCACCAACUGGCCGGAGAGCCCAUAAAUUAGCAAACAGGGACACUGAAUAUCAGAUCACAUCUGUGCCUGUUAGCCAGGUCAGACCAGCCAACCACCUCUUACUAUCAUCUCAGCACUUGAACCAAAACCCAUCUAGUUCUAGCCAAAACCUGGCUAGUUCUAGCCAAAACCUAGCUAGUCCUAGUCAAAACCUGGCUAGUCCUAGUCAUCGCCUGGCAUCACUACUACAUCCAACACCUGCAGGUCAUCAACACCGACAGCAUUUGCCACCCGCCCCCAGCAGCGUCUAUCUCCACCCAUCAGCUACCAAUCAGUUAUCAUUGCUACAAGCUCCGACAUUCCCUGCACCUGCUGCACACUGCCAUGUGAGAAAACGUGCAUACCCAUUUGAGACUUGUACCACAGCAGCCACAGCUGCAGGCACAUUUCCCAGUCCCGAUAUGGUUCUUGAUCGAAUCAGACAUUGCACGUCUUUUCCUAUCAGCAGUCCCGUUUUGGCAAAACCCUCUGGUAGACAACAACGUUUUGAUGAUCCUCGAGAUAUUUUUAGACAGAUUCCACCACAAGCCGCAGCUGCCAGCCAAAUUCCCAGCCAGUCCUUGAGGAAAGAGACUCGGCUUCCACCAGCCAAACAGUCUAGUAACAAACCCAGCAACUCCGGCAGCAAACACAGCCAGCAGCAGCUGCUGCAGUCAGACAACUCAUUGUCUUCCUGUGACAGCAAAGUGACCCACUCCACGAAAGCAACAAGCCACUCUAAUGGAUUCAUUUCAUCUCCACGAUCUAGCAAAUCAGUGGCAUCAGUAUCACUCUGCCAGUCACCAGCGGGGGCAAACAAUGGUCGACUGACAUCAGCGUUAUUUGGGUCACAGUUCACAGCACUGCCAAGAAUUGCUAAGCCUUCAGACUUCUCCUGCCAGUCCACAAGUUUGCUGGAGCCAUCACUUCCAGCGGCAGCUACUGCCAUGACCUUGAACGCUCACCUUCAUCCAGCAUUUGUGAGUCCAUUUCUGCAAACAACGCCUGCAGCAGCAGCUGCACCAUCCAGCCCUGGACUGCAUCUUCUUGCUGGCGCCUACACCACCCCAGCCCAAAUCUCAGCAUAUGAAGAGAUGUUACGUCAGAAUGGUUAUGGUAGGUUUUUGACCGCAUCCACACAGAGAAAAGGAUUCAAGAAAAAGUGA